AUUGUCAAAGCAACUUUGCGUUUGAGACAAACCACACACACUCUCUCACACACACACAUGAAUAUAUACGUAUGUACAUAGAUACAUACAAAGGUAUAAAUGAGAAUAAUGUAAUGGGUGUAUGUAAAGGUAACAUGCGUGCGCAUGUGUUGUGUAUUGUAUUUUUCUUUUCAAUUGAAAAGUAUACGUAAUAUAUGUAGACAGAUACAAACAACGUAAUAGUAUACGCUAUAUUUCCUGCUUUGAUACAGCGUUUUAUAAAUUUCUUUUCUGUCACAUCCGUAAGCACUAUCGAUUAUUCUACCCACCAAUCUGUUAUAAUUGUGACUGACAUCUGCAUUUUUAAAAGAAAUUUUUACCCACCAUAUUUUCCUGUGUGGCAAUAGAACGGUAAUACAAACCUCAACAGAUAAGUCUCACAUAACUAUUGAAGAUGCUUGUUCGUCACAUGUACUCAGGGCUAACAUUGACAGGAGCAAUACAUUUCUUCCUUGGAACUUUUUGUUUUGUUGCUUCAAUGGUUGGCUUCAAAACAAAGAGGUGGUAUGGCAGACGUAUGUUCCAUCCAUCAUACUACUAUGGAAUCAACACUGAAGAGCUGCCCAUCAUAUCUGCCACAUUUGGAUGUAUUGCAAGCCUGUGGGUUAUUUCAGUUGGGAUAUUUGGAAUUCUUGCUGGUAGAAAAAUGUCUUCACCAUUACUCUCUCAGAAGCUGAAAAUUACCUAUAUGAUCCUUAAUAUUUUGUCAGCAUCUGUUUUUGCACAUACUGGAAUUGGUGCUUUUACUAGCCUUGGAGUAUGGAUUCGUUAUCAUCAUCCAACCAGACUCUAUAUUUUAUUUAGUCUUGCAGCAUUUGCUAUGUUUGUGGAUUUUGUUUUGUCAAUUGUCUCUUCAUCCUUGUUGUGCUGCUGUUCAAUAAAUGAGCAAAGUGUUUGGGUAUCAACAAACCAGGGAACUGAAUUUCUGAACCCAGUAUCUGAUAUGAAUGUUGCACCAGCCAUUAAGUAUCCUCCAAAUGUUGUUGUAGAGGCUUAUGAUCCUGCACAAGAAAAGAAAAGAAUUGAAAUGGAAUACUCAUAAAUUGUGAAAAUGAGAAAUAGUUUGGAAAUAUGCAUAUUUUAAUUUUGUGUUUUGAUUAAUAAAUUUGAUUCAAUAACAGUAACUAAAAUCUUCUAUAUUAACCCAUUCAUUUCUUGUUUUACAGUCAUAUCUAUAUAGCACAUAGAUACACUAACAAACAUCUAUAUUCAACUGUUAAAGCAGUGGUUCUCAACAAGGGUUCAUAUGGCCCUUGGGGGUCUAUAUCAGAUUUUGUUGUUGAAAUUUAUGGAGAAUAAACUGGUUUAUACUUCUUUUAUAAAUAAAAUAUUUUAACAAUUUUUUAAAAAAUUCCUAAUAAUAGGAAAUUUUUUUUAAAUUGUAAAAAUAUUUUGUGUAUUGUAGAAGUAUAAACCAGUUUAUUCUUCAUAAAUUUUAACAACAAAAUCUGAUAUGGACCUCCAAGGGCCAUAUGAACCCUGGUUGAGAACCACUACUUUAACAUUUAUAUAAAUAUUACAGUAUUUUUUAAACAUUGAAUGGCUGGGAGGGUCUAUCCAAGUAAAAUAGGAAUCAAAAGGAUUCAUAGGUAAAAAAAAAGUGUUGAGAAACACUGUUAAAGUAAAUAGCCCUUGCCAGUUUGUACCAUUGUUAUUGAAGCUAUCCCUAUUAAAAUAUCCAUCUGAGCCAGUUUAUAUUAAAGUAACACCUGUUUCUCACUAACUUUUAAUGUUAACCAUACUGUUUAAAGUUCAUGUAAGGAAUUUUAAAAUUCGCAUUAAUUUAGUGUACAUAUUUACACUACAUAUUUUUGAUUACUUUCUAUUUUUCUAGAAUAAAAUGUCUUUCAUUAACUGCCA